UUGCUCUAAAGUUUUGCUCUUUCGCUCGAGUAUUUUUUUUUUUUCGAACUCCAGCUUUGGAGGGAAGCUUGGCUUCUCAAUUCGUCGAAACUAAGUGUGCCUGCGAGAAUUUUGGGAAGUUAAAUCGCUUCGUGGUAGGUGAACAUUUUACUCUGCAAGUGAAACAGAAUUAGAUAACUACCGAGUUCAACUUUAUUGUAACGAGGGAUUUUUGCUUAAAAGGAAAUGCGGCCAGCCUGUAUUUUGCUGUAAUGAAGAACUCACAGGGCGCACAAGAAAUACAAUCUUCAAACCAAUGUUCUCAUGAUUCUCAAAGUGACCAACAGAACAACCAGGGAGCAGAGGCUCCCUUGGCGGACUCCAGCUCAAUUUCUACUUCAAGCAAUGAAACCAAAAAGGUUUCGCGCAAAGAUAUAGAACUUGUCCAGAAUUUGAUAGAGCAUUGUCUACAACUUUAUAUGAAUAGACAUGAAGUUGUCAAGACACUGUUGAAUCGGGCGAGGAUAGAUCCUGCAUUCACGACACUAGUUUGGCAGAAGUUGGAAGAAGAAAAUGCUGAUUUCUUCAGGGCGUACUAUAUCAGGUUAAAACUGAAAAAGCAAAUUCUGCUGUUUAAUCACCUACUAGAGCACCAGUAUCAUCUCAUGAAGUAUCCUGUGCCUCCAAAGGUCCCUCUGGCCCCUAUACAAAAUGGAAUUCACCCAAUGCCUGUUAACAAUUUACCCAUGGGAUACCCAGUGCUGCAGCAGCCUGCAAUUCCAGCACCAGGUCAACCUCAUAUCAACCCCUUGGGCUGUGGAAUUUCUAGCUGUCAUGUAGUGAAUGGAGUUCCUGCACCAAGCAACUAUCAUGCUAUGCGUGUAAAUUCAGGGAAUGACAGCACAGCUGAUGCAUCUUCCAUCAUUCCUCCAAGCAGUGCCAUGUCAUCCAUGUCAGAGAUGCCUGUGAGUCCUACAUCAGCGGCUUCUAGUGGUCAUUUCCCCUUCUCUGCAUCCGAAAUAUCUGGAUUGGGUGUAGAUACGUCAGCACUUGAUACGGCAUUUACAGCUGAUGUAGCAAGUUCAGUAGGAUUGCAGCUUCCACCUGACGGGGGACCUGGGAAUUCAAGAGACUCUCUUAGGUCAUUGGAUCAGAUACAGUGGAAUUUCAGUCUCUCAGAUCUAACUGCUGAUUUUUCAAACUUGGGAGAUUUAGGGGCCCUUGGAAACUACUCUGGUUCACCAUUUCUUCCCUCAGAUUCGGAAAUUUUUCUGGAUUCUCCUGACGGGGAGGAUAUAGUGGAGGAGUUUUUUGUAGAUGUCCCUGGGCCAGCAGGUUCCCAAUCAGAUGAAGAAAGGUCCUAGAUCCAAGUGAGACCUGAUUUGUUAGGGUAGUUUAAUGUUUAGGUUAGAAAAAUAAGUCCUUGUCAUCCAAUAUACUGGCUUUAUAGGUUUUUGUCAGUGACCAAUGGGGAAUUCUUUACUUUCACUUAGCUUGUCAGUCACAAUGUGGGCUUCUGUACUUGCAUUUACUUUAAUAAUCAUUAGCCUCAGAUUGAAACUAUUCUGCGGUAACUUUAAUUUUCUCAGAUUAGCCCAGGUUAUGGACCUAUUCAUGUACCUCAUUGUACAUUGUCUUGGCAGAAUUGCUGCGGUCACAAUCCUUUCUUUCUCAA